UAGUCGGACGUGUUUUCAAUGCGCAUCAAAAUGGCGACCACCCUGAAUCGAUCAUGCAACCAAUAUCUGAUACAUCUUGCCCAAGAUAAUUUGGACUUCAGGUUACCGGAAAUUAAGGCUUUGCUGGCUCUCAGAGGAAAACCCUUCCAUCCCAGAACAAACUUCACAGAAAAGUCUCCUUUCUGGUGUCUGGAUGGUUUGUGUGAGGAGGAUGUACGUGGCAUCAUGGCCAGAUCGGUUUGUGCAAAGUCUGCUUUUGAACUCUGGGGUCAUGGACAAACGCACAGUGAGCUCAAAACGUCUCUCUUGAACUACCCAUUGGAGAACAUGUUACCGUUCAUGCACAAAGACUCAACUUACAAAAUCAAUGUCUACACUUUCAACAAGACUUUGGAGUUUGCGGACAGAAUCAAAAGGAUCGAUGCUUUGGACUAUCUCCCGUUUGAGGGCGCAGUGAGUCUGAAAAGCCCUGAACACAUCUUCUGUUUAUUGGAAGACUACGGCACAGACCCCAACAACAUCCCUGAGCAUCCAAACUACAUCUAUUUUGGCCGAUGGAUUGCAGAUGGACAGCGUGAACUGAUUCGCUCUCACAGUGUAAAGAACAGGCACUUCAUAGGAAACACCAGUAUGGAUGCUGGACUCUCGUUCAUUAUGGCUAACCAUGCUAAAGUUAAAGAGAACGACCUGGUAUUCGACCCGUUUGUUGGCACAGGGAGCCUGUUGGUAGCUUGCUCUCAGUUUGGAGCUUAUGUUUGUGGAACAGAUAUCGAUUUCAACACCAUUCAUGGAAAAGGUAGGUCGAGUCGUAAAAGCCAGAAGUGGCGAGGACCCGAUGAGAACAUCCGAGCUAACCUGCGGCAGUACGGAACAGAGAAGAUGUAUGUCGAUGUUAUGGUGUCUGACGCCUCCAAGCCCGUGUGGAGGGAGGCUGCUCUGUUUGACGCCAUCAUCACUGAUCCUCCGUAUGGUAUCCGCGAGUCUACAAGGAGAACUGGCUCUCAUAAAGACAUCAGUAAACCGCACGAUGGCAUCUACGUUGACUCUCACGUCCCUGUGUCACAGGCGUACCACCUGAGUGACAUCUUCACGGAUCUCUUACAUUCCUCUGCCCUCCACCUGGUCAUGGGCGGGAGGCUUGUCUACUGGCUGCCUGUCUACAGACCAGAGUACUGUGAGGAGAUGGUUCCUCUUCAUCCAUGUCUCCGGGUCAUCAGUAACUGUGAGCAGACUCUUUCCAGCCACACAGCGCGACGCCUCAUCACCAUGGAGAAGAUCAAGGAGCCAGAGGAAUUGGACAGCCUGGCUCAUAUGGAAGACCUCCACCUCAGCCCCUACCAGGGACACAACGCCUUCAGAGAAAAGUAUUUCAGUGGAUUAAACAAAAGGUGUGGCAAGGAAGAAGACAGACCUCAUGUCAAUGGACAGUGAGCCGUAACUGCUCCAGAUGCAGAUUCAAGGAAACCGAAAAAGAUAGAAAAAACACGGUUUUAAUGGACUGACAGACGGAAACAAACGGAUACCUUUUUGUUACCUUACUUUUUAUCUUCAUCACUAUUUUAUCUAAUUUGUUAUUGCUUGUACUUAUAUCUUCAAAAUAAAUGAUUAUAAAAUAA